AAUAGAAAACACUCACGACUCCCAUCCUUCCAUUGACCACUUGAUCUUACUGGUCUUUGAGGCUGUGCUGGAGGUCGUCUGUGUCAGCUUGCCCGGAUAUAUUAUCGCAAGAUUGGGACAUUUCGACGCCGACAAGCAGAAGUUUCUAGCGAAUCUCAACGUCAUGCUAUUUACGCCAUGCCUAAUUUUCACCAAACUAGCAUCACAGCUCAACGCCGACAAACUUAUCGACCUUGCAGUUAUACCUUUCAUCUUUAUCAUCCAAACCAGCAUAUCUUACUUAGUAUCCAUAUGCGUCUCGAAAGCAUUCCGGUUUUCGAAGCGCCCGGCCAAUUUUGUUACGGCUAUGGGUGUAUUUGGAAAUUCAAACUCGCUACCAAUUUCCCUCGUCAUUUCGCUCUCGCAAACUCUAAAGGGGCUCCAUUGGGACAGGAUACCAGGCGACAACGAUGAUGAAGUAGCCGCACGCGGUAUUUUAUAUCUCUUGAUAUUUCAGCAGCUUGGGCAAUUGGUCAGAUGGAGCUGGGGAUAUCACAUUUUGCUAGCGCCCAAGAACAAGUACGAAGAAUACCAGGAUGAGACGGUAGAAGAGGGCAGAUAUAGAGACGAAGUGCCUCGAGACGAAGUUUUGAUUCCAGGUCUUGACGGAAAUGUUACCGAGAAUGAUGACCGCAACGACUCAGACAACUCAGACGACGGGGACGUAUACGAACCGGCCGGUCGAACUCCAGUAGCUGGGACAUCGGUAGCAUCGCCCACCGAUUCCGAUGACGAAACUGCCGCGCCAAGAAAACGGACAGCAAAGGGGUAUAGCAGUGGUACUAAUUCCCCCAACGGUCACUCCGUAACAACCGGGCCCGGCGACAUGACAUUGUUUCCUCGUAUGCGAGACUUGAGUGACACGGACAUUCCAAGUGGAGUUAAGGGAUGCUAUGUGCGCGCGCGUCUCGGAAUCAAGAAGGCUGCUACGUCUACUAAGCAACGCAUCGUUCAGCUUUCUACACGCGCAUACAAAGGUCUACCCAAUCCGAUCCAGGAUGGUCUGGCUAGGGUAUGGGGAUGGUGGCUCCGAGUUUACAACUUCUUGUGGGAAUUCAUGAACCCACCACUGUGGGCUAUGCUUAUUGCCAUCAUCGUGGCUUCGGUGCCUGAUCUGCAGCGACUAUUCUUUCAAGAAGGGACAUUCAUCAACAACAGCGUAACCAGAGCAGUAUCUCAGAGUGGCGGUGUCGCCGUACCUCUUAUUCUGGUGGUGCUAGGUGCCAACCUAGCUCGAAACACGCAAGCCCAGAAGAUUAGCGACCCCGAAGAACAACAGAUUGGAAAACGCCUCCUUGUAGCCUCGCUCAUUAGCCGCAUGUUACUCCCUACCCUCAUCAUGGCACCUAUUCUAGCGCUCUUCGCCAAAUACGUCCCCGUUAGCAUACUGGAUGACCCAAUAUUCAUUAUCGUCUGCUUUCUGCUCACGGGUGCGCCGAGUGCUUUACAGCUGGCACAGAUCUGUCAGAUCAACGAGGUAUACGAAGGAGUCAUGUCAAAGAUCCUGUUCCAGAGCUACGUUAUCUGGAUUCUCCCUUCAACAUUAGUGCUUGUCAUGAUGGCGCUAGAGACGGUAGAAUGGGCAAGAUGAUAAAAGUAGUCAUUCGGCAUCCAACCACUUGUACACUUGUAUUAUAUAAUGUGCGAUAUGCGGGAAAGGGGGAAGCAAGAAAAAA